AUGACUACUAAACCAAUGGAUGAGCACAUAGAAGCCGACACGGAGAUACUUUCUCCCAUGCACACCACAGAGAGUGUCAUGUUUCCCAUUCCCCGGGAUACUUUUGAGAAGCUCUACCUGACUCCCAAGAUACCUAUUGCAGGAAACCUGCGGCGGACUUUUGGUAAUCCAACCCCCAUAGCGCUGAUGGGCUUCCUAGUGUCUGCUACUCCUAAUGCAAUGCUCCACAUGGGUUGGAGGGGCGCUGGUGGAGACGGAGGGGCCAUUCUCCCAGCGUAUAUCUUUUUUGGUGGCAUGAUUCAGGUCAUCGGUGCAAUUGGAGAGUGGAUACUUGGAAAUACGUUCUCAUGUGCUGUUUUUUUCACAUAUGGAGCAUUCUGGCUCGCCCAAGGAGCCUCCAUGAUACCAUUCUUUGCAGUGGGUGCCAAAUAUUCCUCUACGGGAAGCAGCUUGGAGGGUGUAGAGACAACAGGGUACCAUGCAACUGCAGGCCUAUUUUACGUUGUUCUGGCGGUGGUCACGUUCGUGUAUCUUGUCUGUUCUAUUCGCACAAACGUGUGCCUAUUCCUCGCACUAUUGUUCCUAGUAGCGGCAUAUAAUCUUUAUGCAGCUGUUCAUUUCUACAGUGCGCUAGGAAAUGAGGCGUUGGCAGCGAAGGUGGAAAUGAAACUCACACUAAUUUCUCGCUUCAAGGCCGCUGGUGCAUGCAAUUUCGUACUUUGUAUCCCGAUAUGGUACAUCUUUGUUGCCCAAAUAUUGGAGUCCAUCGAUUUCCCUCUUGUGUUACCAGUUGGGGAUUUAAGUGAGGUUGUUCAAGGAAGAAAUCAAAAGGCGCGAAAGAGAAUGGAUAAGGAGGGAUAA